AUGGCUUCCCUGAAAAAUAAGGGGAAAACAGUAGUGGCUGAUUUACCUGAUAUGAACCAAGAGUCGCCUGCAUCUGCUGAAGGAGGUGAUAUGGAUGGCAGGAGGUUGAACUCUUCAAGAACUGAGAGUUUGGAGGUGGAGCACCUCCUUUACCUCCCUAAGCAGCCUGAUAAUUCAACCUUCAGUCCUCAUCGAGACAGCCACCAAUGCCUCGAGCCAGACAGAAGAUGGGUCAAGAGUCUCAAGCUAAAUGCCUCAAAUCUUCCCCAUGGUACCAAGUAUUUGAAAAUGGGUAAUGCAUCCACAAGUGGAAAAGCAAAUAAGUUGUUCGGCAUAGUUAUGAAUCCCAGCACCUCAAAGGACAUGAUAGUUAAAAAUUUUGGAAAGGGAAAGAUGGACAAUAAGACGAUGAUGUUAUCAAGGAAUGCAAAAUCCCCUUCUAUUGGUUCUGUGGAGGAAUGUUCAGAUCUUACGUACUCUUGGGUUCAGAGAUGGUGCCAUAAUAAGGCAGUUGCAGAACUGGUGAAGCCAGGUGUAAAUCUGGUCAGUGAGCCUCAAAGCUCCAAGUCAGCUUUAUAUGAAUGUGGAAAGAAGCCAUUUCCAAGCGUUGGUGCGAUGGCAUUAAUGGGGAAGGCUAUGAAUGGUUUCCGGCCAUGUGAGUUCAGGAGAAGAGGUUCAUUUGUAGUUUGGAAUAAUUAG